AGUACACGACUUGGCAAUGCUUUAUGGGGGAUUUUUAAUCAAGGGAUCGCUCAUAUUGUGACUUAUCGAUUUCCCUUCGAUUAUCCAGAACAAUGAAUGAUCUAUGCAACGGGAUGCUGUAUGAAAUAUAGAUAUUGAAUUAUGAGCAGCUUUAAAACGAUAUAAUGUAGUAUAUCGAAAUCUUACGGGUAAUUAUAGUAAUUACGCAGUCACUGGUGACUGUUUCUUUCCCUGCUGCGUGCUUUCAUUUUGGAAUAACACCGUCGAUAAAAUGACAUCGCAGUCGCAGAAGUGCGUUUAUUAAUCGAGAACGGAAUACACAAUUUGGCGUUAUGGAUGAAGGGAGUAUUGACAAUUCCAAAGAAGGACACAUGAAUAUAUCGACAAGAAGUGAUAAAAAACGAUUCCUAAAGGAAUUAGCAGAUGAGGUCGAGACUCCAGGCAACAUCUUUACGCUCUCGAAAGAAGAGAAGACAGCGAGGCUCUUCCAUCUGAGGUACAGCACCAGAGAAGAUGUUUAUUAUCGCUAUGGUCGAAAGGAACCUGCCCUCAAGGGGUGGAAAGAGGGCGCUUUCACUGUCGUCAAUAUGCAGCGAUACCACGCCAACAAGGGGCCUCAAGUCGGAGAGUGGACCUAUUUGACAAGGAGACCCAGGCACUCCAGUGGAUCUAUCAGCUGGUUAUUGGAUCUGACCCAAUCUGGCCUAGUGGUAGACCAGGUCUAUGCUCUUACCUACAGUCGGACCCUCUCUGGUGGAAACAUCAACUAUGAUAUGAGACGUCCGGAUUGUCUACCAAGCAAGAAGCAUAAUAACGAAAGUCAUAUAAAUGGUCUGAUCUUUGCUGCAUACUUGGAUGGUGGCUUACACAAACGUGAGAGGGCGCAAACCCAACUUUUCUUCCAAGAUUGUCUUGAAGAUCCAGAUGGCUUCCCAUUUGAUCUCCUCAUUACACUGAAGCCAUCAGAUCAACAAGAACUUAAAACAAACAAGCCAUCCAGGAAUCAAGGAUCCCUACAGCCACUGUUCUUUCCUCCAAGACCUCGUAACGUGCCUUCUAAACCAACAAGUUGUACGUGUGGCCGCAGGACUCACAGAGAACAUCAGAUCUGCGCUUCCAUUGCAGACUUUAGGGACACAGCAGGAUGUUAUGAACAGGACGAAAGGGAUAUCAUCGCUUCGGAAAAGCUAGAAAAGAGUAGGACGAAGAUAACGCCAGAGAGUGUAGACUCCUGCUCUAUGACCAAAGACAGUGGAUCUGUGUUGCCUACAGAAGCAGAUAAGACAAUCCUUGAAGCUAUAUCUGCAAAUCCACCUAAGGGUAAUGGGGGAAUCGCUUUUGAUCAGAGCAAUAGAGGCAGCCAAUCAAAAAGAACAGUGAGUUUACAAAAUUUAGAAACGUCAAAGCGUCACGACGAGGCAAUAUCAAGAAAGACCUCUGGGACAUCCACAGCUUGGGAACACCCUGUCAUUGACCAAGAAAACCUGGUUGGGAGAAGACAGAAGUCCAGAUGUGUCAUUUUAUGACAAAUGGGCCUACAAACUCGCACAGGAAGACUGGUCAGAUCAUCAAAGACUCAUUUGCCAUGGAUCACUCAAAACAUUCUCCACUCCUUGGGGGAUAUGUAGGGACAUAAUGAUAUAAUAACUAUCAGCUUAUCAGUAAUGAUGAAAGACAUUGAAAUUUUGAGUAGACAAUGGAUGACAAUCUGAAAGCUGGCAAGAUGUUCCUAAACCCGUGCUUACUCUGGACCAUCACGUCAUCAUAUACUAACCUUUCAUGAAUACAGCUGUCCUACAAAAGAUGAAUUCAACUACAAGUAAAUCUGUCCCAGUGAAGUCCUUUGGAACCAUAGAUAUCUGGGCCCCAUCUUACAAAGAGUUAUGAUUGAUCCAAUCAAUCUAAACUAUAUUGAAAUCCAUCAGUUCUACAGAAAAUUAGCACAAUGUUCUUUGUAAACAAAGAGAACGGUGAAUUUUCAAGAAAACAUUGAAUGCAUGAAUAUACAUCAAUAUUUUGAAUAAACAUACAUAAUAGAUGUUGACGUUGCUGGCCGUCCAUAGUUGUGAUUGAUUGGAUCAAUCGCAACUCUUUGUAAGACGGGGCCCAGUUCUCCUCUCAGGAAAAAUUUUAACUAAACGAUGUGAAUAACACGUUUGCAUAUUCUGAUCUGAAUUUUUUUUUUUGAAUUGUGUGUGUGUAUGACUCGUAAAAGUUCCAUUCCAGGAGGGUUUACCGACUACUGUAUCUUUAAAUAAAGGGGGCAGUAUUCAAGAUGGUCAAGUUAUGCAAUCACACUGCCGACCCUUCACAGAGCAUUUGGGUUCAUAUGCUGAACCAUAUGUGGAUUUAAGAGGUGGGAACUGUUAAUUAAGGUAAAAACAAUUCACAAUUGUGACUGACAAUUGUUUCUCGAUUUAGGAGUUUGCACAGUGAAAUUCCUCCAGUAUGCAUUCCUCCAAUAUGCAAAAUUUGCUGAGACUAUACUUUUCAUCUAGUAUUGUUACAGAAAUGAUCUAGCUUGAUUAGACUUUUACAUGAAUUUCUAAAUGAAACCCGGCCAAUUUUUAGCAGGUAUUCCAGGUUUACCUCAUGAGUGCUUCAAUUUGUGGUGAUAGUGUUGAGUGCCAAUUCAGCUUGUAAAUCACCUUUUCAUUUUGGUAAAUACUCUAUAAGCACCUGUCACUUUUCCUCUCCAUUAUGAUAUCAUAUAAGCUUGUGUGUCCUGAAACUAUCAUGGUGCGGAUGGUAUUAGAUAAAAACAUAUUUUAGUGGAUGUAUUUUUUACAAUUUUCCAAGAACAUUCAUUCUUUUUAUUGGGUGCCCAAAGAAAAUAAGAAUAUUGGACACAUAUAUAUAUCCACUUAUCAAGAAUGGAUGGCAUAGAAAUUUUAGGAUAUGAUCCUUGCAUGUUACUUUCUAAUAUAAAAUGACCAACUUUGAAAGUUCAAAGGGACCUUUUGUAUAAAAAAAAAUGAUGAUACAGAGAGAGGGUGCUAGAUAAGAAAUUCAAAAUUCAUACUUUCACAAAGAAUCAAUGGCUGAAAAUAUAGUCACCAACUCCUACACUUAUUGUGAGAUUCUUAUUCUAGAUGAUAGAGUAUAAUCAUGCCAUUGACCCUUUACCAAGAAAGCUUUAGAUGGGCUUUCAUAGUGACAUCUAGCUGUCAUGACUAGAGCCUGCCGGGCCUGGAGACUACAGAGUGGUCAGUCUG